CUGUGCCUCCUGCCCAGAACCCUCCAAGCAGACACAAUGGUAAGAAUGGUGUCUGUCCUGCUGUCUCUGCUGCUGCUUCUGGGUCCUGCUGUCCCCCAGGAGACCCAAGAUGGUCGUUACUCUCUGACCUAUAUCUACACUGGGCUGUCCAAGCUUGUUGAAGAUGUCCCCGCGUUUCAGGCCCUUGGCUCACUCAAUGACCUCCAGUUCUUUAGAUACAACAGUAGAGACAGGAAGUCUCAGCCCGUGGGACUCUGGAGACAGGUGGAAGGAAUGGAGGAUUGGAAGCAGGACAGCCAACUUCAGAAGGCCAGGGAGGACAUCUUUAUGGAGACCCUGAAGGACAUCGUGGAGUAUUACAACGCCAGUAACGGGUCUCACGUCUUGCAGGGAAGGUUUGGUUGUGAGAUCGAGAAUAACAGAAGCAGUGGAGCAUUCUGGAAAUAUUACUAUGAUGGAAAGGACUACAUUGAAUUCAACAAAGAAAUCCCAGCCUGGGUCCCCUUCGACCCAGCAGCCCAGAAUACCAAGCAGAAGUGGGAGGCAGAACCAGUCUACGUGCAGCGGGCCAAGGCUUACCUGGAGGAGGAGUGCCCUGCGACUCUACGGAAAUACCUGAAAUACAGCAAAAAUAUCCUGGACCGGCAAGAUCCUCCCUCUGUAGUGGUCACCAGCCACCAGGCCCCAGGAGAAAAGAAGAAACUCAAGUGCCUGGCCUACGACUUCUACCCAGGGAAAAUUGAUGUGCACUGGACUCGGGCCGGCGAGGUGCAGGAGCCUGAGUUAUGGGGAGAUGUUCUUCACAAUGGAAAUGGCACUUACCAGUCCUGGGUGGUGGUGGCAGUGCCCCCGCAGGACACUGCCCCCUACUCCUGCCACGUGCAGCACAGCAGCCUGGCCCAGCCCCUGGUGGUGCCCUGGGAGGCCAGGUAGGAAGCAAGGGCUGGAGGCAAUGUGGGAUCUCAGCCCCAGUAGCUGCCCUUCCUGCCUGAUGUGGGAGCUGAACCACAGAAAUCACCGUCAAUGGAUCCACAAGGCCUGAGGAGCAGUGUGGGGGGACAGACAGCAGAUGGAUUUGGAAACCGAAGACUGGGAUGCCUGUCUUGAGCAGACUUGGACCCAAAAAAUCAUCUCACCUUGAGCCCUCCCCCACCCCAUUGUCUAAUCUGUAGAAGCUAAUAAAUAAUCAUCCCUCGUUGCCUAGCAUAACAGAGAA